CGCUAGCAGUCCGCCGCGCAGAUCCCGCAGCCUUUAGCGGGCGGAGCUGGCCGCUGUCGAACCCGCAGCACUAUGAAGAAUUUCAGAGCUCGAGUCCACCCUCGGGCUGCAGCUUGAGCUGCCUCGCGGAGCUAGGCAGAGGGUUCUGAACAGGGAGGCUUAUCCGUGAAAAAGGCUGAGCAGUCGCCGGGCGACUCUCCAGCAUUUUCGCGCGGCGCUCGGCAUCGGGUUCCUGAAACUUCUCCUUGGGAUGGUGCAGAACCGCAGUCACCCAGGUGCGGAGCCAGCCUGAAAAAGACAGCGGAAGGAGUUUCCCGGACCGCGCUGUCACUCACCGAACGACACCAAUCAUCACGCAGCUUGCCCUCGGACCCUCCUCUUUGGGGGUGUGCCCUUAGUGAGUGAUAGACGGAGCCGCCCGGCCCUACUCAGCCCAGCCCACGUUACUGCUUAGAUUGAAAUGCAGAACUCAAGCCUCUUUCAUCAGGGCACAGACUUCCUUUUACUCCUUCCUUUUGCACUCUCGCCUCCUCCUCCCGGGGAGAAGCUGAGGUACCAGCAACCCGGAGCAGCGACAGGUCGGGCCACUGAGGCCGUGAGAAAAGUUUUUUUCUGGGAGUGUGGAACUGGGGCCCGGUUGGUGUACUGUUCGGAGCAAUGGAGCCAGCUUUCGGGGAGGUGAACCAGCUGGGAGGAGUGUUCGUGAACGGAAGGCCGCUGCCCAACGCCAUCAGGCUUCGUAUUGUGGAACUGGCCCAACUGGGCAUCCGACCGUGUGACAUCAGCCGCCAGCUACGGGUCUCUCACGGCUGCGUCAGCAAGAUCCUGGCGCGCUACAAUGAAACAGGCUCGAUCUUGCCAGGAGCCAUCGGGGGCAGCAAGCCCCGGGUCACCACUCCCACCGUAGUGAAACACAUCCGGACCUACAAGCAGAGGGACCCCGGCAUCUUCGCCUGGGAGAUCCGGGACCGCCUGCUGGCGGACGGCGUGUGCGACAAGUACAACGUGCCCUCGGUGAGUUCCAUCAGUCGCAUUCUGCGCAACAAGAUCGGCAACUUGGCCCAACAGGGUCAUUACGACUCAUACAAGCAGCACCAGCCCGCGCCGCAGCCUGCGCUUCCCUACAACCACAUCUACUCAUACCCCAGUCCCAUCACGGCGGCUGCCGCCAAGGUGCCCACGCCACCCGGGGUGCCCGCCAUCCCCGGCUCGGUGGCCAUGCCGCGCACCUGGCCCUCUUCGCACUCUGUCACCGACAUCCUGGGCAUCCGCUCCAUCACCGACCAAGGAGUGAGCGACAGCUCCCCCUACCACAGCCCCAAGGUGGAGGAGUGGAGCAGCCUGGGCCGCAACAACUUCCCUGCUGCCGCUCCGCACGCGGUGAACGGGCUGGAGAAGGGAGCCUUGGAGCAGGAAGUCAAGUACGGCCAGGCACCAAACGGUCUCCCAGCUGUGAGCAGUUUUGUGUCAGCAUCCAGCAUGGCUCCUUACCCCACCCCAGCCCAAGUGUCACCUUACAUGACCUACAGUGCUGCUCCUUCUGGUUACGUUGCUGGACAUGGGUGGCAACAUGCGGGUGGCACCCCACUGUCCCCCCACAACUGUGACAUUCCGGCAUCGCUGGCCUUCAAGGGAAUGCAGGCAGCCAGAGAAGGUAGUCAUUCUGUCACCGCUUCUGCACUCUGAUGAGAAAUUCCGUCUCCAGCAGCUGCUCUCGGGUCUCCCCUUCUCAGCACAUCCUCCCCACUUUCCCAGGUUUCACAUCCCACCCCUCCUGCCUUCCACCCUUCUUGCCUGGAGAGCUGGCUUUACAGACUCGAAUCCUUUGUGCUGAUGACACUUAAAUAUUUCUUGCCAUAACCUCUUUCUUGCAGAAAACCUGACACGACUUAGGAUUUAAAAACAAAAGCAACGUUAAGGAUUGAAUGAGACUUUUGUGUUGCCCACACACUGUUUUAACGUAGUGAAGAAAUCUACACCCCUCAAAGGGCUUAAGGAACUUUUAAACUAGUCUUUGGUAAAACCACACAUGUAUAUUUAUUCUAAAUCAACCUGAACUUUUGAAAUGUGCAAUUGUUGAGAUUUUGCAAAAUCAAUAAAGAAAAACACAUGUAGAAAAGAAAGUUAUGCUACACCCUCUAAUCAAAUAAGGUGACCAAGUAAGCCUUAAUUUACCAUUAGGAAACCAAUCAAUAAUUGACUUGUUUGAGUGAUCCUUUGUUUAUUUUUAAGAGAUAACCUAUUUUGUUGAUAAAUAUGUAGAACACAAGCAAUUUCUGAAUUUAGCUCCUGGUGUUUUGUCUUGGUUCCAAAUACAGUAAUGUUUAUAUUUUCUAUUAGUUUGUAAAUAUGGACUCUGGGUGGUGCAUUUGUGUCUUCAUUCCAUGGGAUAUCCCCCUCUCCCCAAACCUAUCUCCUCUCUAUUUUGUUUUUCUUUCUUUUUUGCAAAGGUGACUUUCUGGCAACGUCUCUGUCUUUGUUUGGUGGUGGGCUUCUUGGGCUCCUGGACCUCAACUUGCCCCCAAAUUUUGUGUGGGCAGUGAAGGCUUCAGCAUCAUGAAGGACACUUUCUUUCUACAGCAGAGGACUCAAAAAACAGAUAAAACAAGCUAGUCUCCCAUUUUGUAUUCUAGUCAAACAACACACAUGCCAAGCAUAUAAAGAUAAGGGGGUGGAAAAUAUCUGAAUGAGAAAGGCUCUAAAGGAAGUCACUUAGAAACAAGUUUAAUGUGAAAUGUUUUACAAAGACACUUAAAAUGAACUUUAUGUUAAGAAAACCACUGUGAAACUAAAUUGUACUGUUAUUGUUGGCUUACCUGUGUGUUCAGCAAUCACAGCCCAAAAUUAUGUUGUACCUUAAAGAAAAUGGAAAAUUCUGCUCUAAUGAAUGUAACAAUGGCUUGCUGUGAAGUUUACAUUGUUGUACAGAACAUGUUUCACAUGUACGUAAAUUGGUGGUGGUAUUAGAAAUACAAAUGCUAUUUAAUUUUAAUGAAUUCCCUUUAUUCAUUUCUGGAAUUAUAGGAUGCAGAUUAACUGACAAA